AUGUCUCUGCUGACUACGAUAAAUGAGAAGAUAAUUUCUUACCUGGCUGAUGUUGGACCUGAAAAAUGGUCACGAAUACAUAUGCCAACAAAUAGACACAGAGAUGAUGCACAUGGAACUUUCACAAAGUUGUCGAGCACGUACGAGAAAGAGAUUAGGAAAAUGAGCAUGGAUUUGAGAAAUUUGAGGGUAAUUUUUUAUAUUUUAACAUUGAGAUGUUUAUGUGACCCAAUUGAUGUGAUAUGUGAUGUAAUUGUGUAUUCUCUAUCAACUCUGAAUUCUGAUGUAUCUCCUUCAAACCAGAUAGUGUUUUCUGUUAGCAAUGAAAGGUCGACGUUUGUCGUCGAUAUUGAGCAACGAACAUGCACUUGCAGGAUUCUACAAGUUGAUUUGUUACUGUGUCCACACGCUUUGGUUGUAAUUGCAAACACAAGAAGAUAUCCAUAUGAUUACUGUUCCUAUUAUUACACAAGAGAUGCGUACUUGAAUGCAUGCCAAGAUUCUGUAUAUCCAGUUGGAAAUCAAGAGGAAUGGACAGUGCCAGAAGAAGCAUAUCGAGAAAUAGUGUUACCUUCUUACCAGAAGAGGAGUUGUGGAAGACCUACGGAGAAAAGAAAGAGAUCAUCCAGAGAAGGGGCAAAAUGCGGAUGUUGUGGAGGACAGGGUCACAACCGUAGGAGAUGA